AUGUCUCAACCGCCCUCGGUGCUUGAACUCGAAGGGCAAGUCAUUCUCUGGGCUCACGGCCCGUUCGAUGUGGUGCAAAAUCAGUUCCUCGGUAUCCAGCAGAUGCUGUAUGACCGCGCUGCAUCAUACGAAGGCCCUUACAAGCACCAUCAUUCGUCCCGUGCGAAACCGUCCUCGAGCCCCUUCGCACCGACUCUCCUCUGCGUCGACACCGUCGCCGCAGCCUGCUGCCUAUGGCAACAAUGA